ACACCAGAACAGCACCACCGCCACUGAGGGAAGACGCAGAUUUGGUGUUUGACCCAGAAAGAACUUUAAGAUAAUCUACCUUAGAGAGACAAACAACAGACACUUGUCCUGAUAGCAAACGCUGGCUGAAGCCACACACCCGAUCAGCAACUGCAGGAUUAGAUAAGGACUGGACUUGGUCCCACCCUGCACGUAUUAAUGAGAGCUCUCCGGACACCUGGGCUGUUCCAGCUCAAGGGCUUGAAGAUGCUCCUGUCACUGGGGCUGCUCUUUGCUGCCCUGUCCUUGGGAAGAUGCAUCCCCCUGCAGCAGGCGCCCAACCGCAGCAAGCUCCUCCUGGUGUCCUUCGACGGCUUUCGCUGGAACUACGACCAGGACGUGGACACCCCCAACCUGGACACCAUGGCUGCGGACGGGGUGAAGGCCAAGUACAUGACUCCUGCCUUCAUCACCCUCACCAGCCCCUGCCACUUCACGCUGCUGACUGGGAGGUACAUGGAGAACCACGGGGUGAUCCAUAACAUGUGGUUCAACACCAAAACAGGAGUGAAACUGCCCUACUACACCACACAAGGCAUAAGCAGCUGGUGGGACAACGGCAGCCUCCCCAUCUGGAUCACUGCCCAGAGACAGGGUUUGAAGACAGGCUCUAUCCACUUCCCUGGAACCAAAGCGAAAUACCAAGGGGAAGAAGUGUACAAGAAGUUGGUGGAACCCGCAUUGUUCAACUACAGCAACGAAACCAACUGGAGGCAGAGCAUCGACACCGUCAUGGAAUGGUUCACAGUGGACAACCUCGACUUCAUCACGCUCUACUUUGGGGAGCCAGACUCCUCGGGACACAAGUUCGGCCCCGAAUCCACACAGAGGAAAAACAUGAUCAAGCAGGUGGACAGAACCGUCGGCUACUUGAGGCAGCGUAUCCGGGAAAGCGGCCUGGAGUCAACCCUCAACCUCAUCAUCACAUCCGACCACGGCAUGGAGACCGUCCUGAAAACCGACGAGAUUCACCUCCGCACCGUCAGCAACUUCACCUUCCAAGACAUCGACUUCGAACUCCUAGAUUAUGGACCAAAUGGACUCCUGGUGCCAAAGGAAGGGAAACUAGAGCACGUGUACUCAGUCCUGAAAAACGCCCACCCAAAGCUGCACGUUUACAAGAAGGAAGAGUUUCCAAAGAGGUUCCACUACGCCAACCAUUCCCGGAUCACCCCGCUUUUGCUGUACAGCGAUCCAGGCUACGUGAUCCAUGGGAGGUACAAGGUCCAGUUCAACAAAGGGGAACACGGUUUUGACAACGAGGCCAUGAACAUGAAAACCAUCUUCCGUGCCGUGGGACCGGCCUUCAAGAAGGGGCUGGAGGUGGAGCCCUUCGAAAGCGUCAAUGUCUACGCGCUCCUCUGCGAGCUGCUGGGCAUCACCCCCGAGCCCCACGACGGCUCCCUGGAGGUCACCAAGCCCAUGCUGAGAGAAGACACGGACGAUGGCAAUGGCAAUGGCAAUGGCAAUGGCAACGGCAAUGGCAGCAAUGGUUCCGGUCCUUCUCUCCACCCCGCCGAGAAGCUGCCGCUGAUGCUGGGACUCGCUGUCGUUCUGGGAUGCCGGGGAGGAGUUUUCUAACCACAAUCAGCGCAAAUUUGUCCAGGGAACCACCAGAACAAGUAACUCCUGAUCCAAUUCCCUGGCACCCACAGGCUGCAGAGACCUGAAACAAGCAGCAGCAGCACCGUGCUCUCCUGUCCUGGCAGCCCCCAAGCUCCAGGCAACUCUACCAGCACACAUGGGGAAGGACAUGGCUCACAAAGACAACCUGAGUCCCAGGCUCAGGGAAAGGGACAGAAUUCCCAAAACCUCUCUAAAUGACUGACCCACGCUCCUCCAGCAUGCCUCAGUCCCCGGAGGAGAUGCCUCCCCCAGGCUUUGUGGGACACCGGGAUGCACUGCUGUGGGAGGUGGCACUGCUGUGGGAGGUGGCACUGCUGUGGGAGGUGGCACUGCUGUCCCUCCAGCCUGACACGGUCACCCCGUGUUUGCAUCACCCCAAAUGCAGGAGGCAGGACAGCUCCAGGGUCGGUUUGGAGCAGAGACAGCUGAUACACAAUGAGUGUCUAAUCUAAUUAAAAUGUGUUCCAAGCGUGCUGGGAGCCUCUCCUGAAAGGUGCCAGGCCCCACCGAGGGUGGAGCCACUCAGCCCGGACCUGCCAAGGACACAGAGCUCCCUUUGUCCCUGCUGGCCACGGCACCCCCAAAGCCUCGGAAGCAUCCCAAAGUCACUCAGCACUUCCAGCUCCUGCCCCAAGAGCCCAACCAGCACCACCCUGCUUGUCCUUCUGUGCUUUGUGGCUGUGGCCAAACCUGGGAAAUGCCCCCUGUGCAGCCCUGAGCAGCAAACCUGCAGGCGGGAUGGGCCUGGCUGCUCUGCUCCAUGGCUGAGACCUGCCCCAGCGGCAGCCGAGUCCGCUCCUGGGAGUGCUGGGAGGGGCGUUGAUGUCUUUGGAGAGACAGGGAAUGUGGCAGUGCCAGGGCCAGGACCCCCAGCUCACAGCAAACAGCCCUGUGAUCCUGAGCCAGGGGCUGGCAAAGCCUGGGCCGGUUGUGCCAGGCUCCAGGAGCUCUCCCCAGCAGGGCUGAGGCAAAAGCCCCUGUCCAAAUCCAAACCUCCCUCUGCAGGAAGCAGCCCAGGGUCCUUCAGCCAGGCUGGGGCUCAGGGGACAGGGAGCAAGACCCCCCCAUCCUGCAGCCCCCACUCCAGCCCUCCCAGCGUGGCAUUCCAGCACCCCCAGAGCCCUCCCAGAUGCUGUGGUGCUUUCCCCAGCCCUGUGCCUCAUCUCAGGGGCUCGAUAAACAUCUGUUGCCAUAGAGACUCUCUCACUGCAUCGGCUUCACCCAACGAGAUGAAACAAGAGCCGCACCCUCAGAAAAACAGGAAGAAAAUGUUUGGCUUGAAGCGGUGCUGGGGUGGGGGUCAGGGCAGCAGCAGCAGCAGGGAGGCUCUGAAAGGGGAGCGUGGCCAGCGCUGUGCACGCCGUUGAAAAUGGUAUUAAUGAUGAGAGUGUGCAAAAACCUCCCCAGCUCUCCUGCUGGUGACCUUGGGGCUUCCCCGGCAGGUCAGCACUGCCACGGGCAGGGGCAGCCAGCUCUGCUGGUACCCUGGAGAUCCUGGCAGAGCCUGCAGAGCUCAGAACCCGCUGGUACCAGGCUCUGACCGUCCUCAUGCCCAGCAGGCACACAGCAGGAUCACAAACCCAUGGAAUGGCUUUGGCUGGAAGGGACCUCAAAGCCCAUCCAGUGCCACCCCUGCCAUGGCAGGGACUCCAGCUGUCCCAGGGCGUCCAAGCCCCAAUGUCCACCCUGUCCUUGGGCACUGCCAGGGAUCCAGGGGCAGCCCCAGCUGCUCUGGGCACCUGUGCCAGGGCUGCCCACCCCACAGGGAAGAAUUUCCUCCUAACAUUUAACCUAAAUUUCUCCUGUGGAAAUUUAAAACCAAUUUCCUGUCCUAUCACUCUCUGCCCAUUUAAAUUGCCACUCUCCCUUUUUUAUAAGCCUUUAAGUACUGGAGAGCCACAGUGCUCAGAGGGUUGGUCCCAGUCUGGUUCCCAGACCCACACAGGGAACAUGGAGUUUGUAGUGACCAACCUCCUGACACAAAUCCUCAUCUGAGAGCUGAUCUUCCCUCAGCUGGGAGCAGGAAUUGAGUUCCUGACUCAACCAGCAGCAUUUGGGCGAGACAGAGCGCUGCCAGAAAAAUCCAUGGUGAGGAAGGGACCAUCCUUCAAGCUGCUGCUUAUUUCAGGUCUCUGCAGCCUGUGGGUGCCAGGGAAUUGGAGGAAGGCUGACCCCUGACACAUCCCUGCAGGGGGGUUUCCCUGCCCUCCAGUCCCAGGGAUUGGCACCAGACACAGCUCGCUGGGGCUGCUCCCACUCGGGGUGGCUGGAGGCAGCACGCUGGUCACGGUACUCGCUGCAGCCGCAUUUCCAGCACGGACCAUGCCCCAGCCCUGGGCUCCCGAGCACGCGGGAGCUGGGGGAUCCCCUCCCUGGCCCAAGAGCUGGUCCUGUUCCUCCAUCCCCCCGCACCCGUGUCCCGCUGCCUCCCGCCCUGCUGGUGUCCCAAUGUCCCGGUGCAGUACCGGUGUCCCGGUGUCCCGUGCAGUACCGGCAGCCGGCGGCCGAGGGCUCCCGAGCCGCGCUCAGCUCCCCCGAGCUCCCGGCACGGCCGGGGGAAGCGGCUCGCGGUGGAAGCCCGGCCCGGAGCAUCUCCCCAAAGCCGCGGCGCCGCAGCCGCCAGCCCCCCGCCCAGCGCCGGCCGCUGCCCCGGGGCCAUCCGGAGCCCCGGCGGCUGCCCCGGCCAGGGAUCCGCUCCUCGUCCCGAGAGACAAAGCCUGGGAACACCCUCCCAGCACCCUCUGCAGCUCCGGCUGCACCGCCCGCGCAGGGAUGCUCCAAGGGAUGCCCCGGAGAUCACGACACGCACCGGAAUGUCACCAUCCCCUCCCGGCCCUGACUACGUGCCCGGGCUGGGCGAUGCUUCCAUGUCCCAGGCCAGACGGAUGAGAUGGAUCCUCCCCACUGUGGGUGCAAGUUUAAUCCCACAAACACAUGGAACCUAAACCAGCUCCUACUCCCCAGCCAGGAGCCACCUCCAGCUCAGCCUCUUCCAAGGAAAACCCCAAACUGUCGCAUUUUGCACGUCCUUGGAGCCUUUCCCAGCCCUUCCCGCUGCUCCUCACACCUCGUGCAUGGGCAAUGUGGGACAUUUUCAGCAAACAUUUCCCGGUGACAAAGGCCAAAGCCCAGCCUGGCCCUGCCCGGACACAGCCUCUGCCGGAUCCCCGCGUCUCCUCCC